AUGAAGCAUUUGUUUUCAUAUUUCACUGUAUGGUGGUUUCAUAAAUAAAUUUAUUAAAUUAAAAAGCAAAUAAAAUGGUUUUGUGUAAAUUUUUCCAACAAGGUUCAUGUCGCUUCGGUUCCAAGUGCGUCAAUGAACACUUUGAUGUUAAACAGGUAAUCAAAACAGAUGUCGAAUCAGCGAUCAAUGGCAAGCAGUGGCCCUUAUCCACUUAUGGACCAUUCAAGGAUAAACCUUCCAUUCCCAAUUUUAUAGAAGAUCAAUCAUUUGAAGAAGUACGCAUGUUGUGUUACGAGGCAAAACAAAAGAAUUUUUUCGAUCAAUUUCAUCAACAAUUCAACAAGGAGGCCUUGGAGGCCAGUAAUAAAAUGAAGGCACUACUGCAAAUGACACCGGAUAUUAUAGAUGUUGCCAUUAAUAUAUACGACUUGCCCUCGGAUGCAAGUUGUAGUGGCGUAGGGGCUGGAAAAACAACUAAUACUACUAAUAGCAACAAUCCUUUUGGAAUGGCAAAUGCUCCUGCAACAAAUGCUGGCUCCAUAUUUGCUAAGUCUAACACAAAUACCACCAUUAAUGCAACAAACAAUUUAUUUGGAAACAAUAAUACAUUCGGAGCAACCACCCAAGCAACACCGGGUAUAUUUGGAAAUUCUUCAGGUUUUACUACCCAGCCACAACAGCAGCAGACUUCAAUAUUUGGUCAAGCCGCUAAGCCAGCCAAUUCUAUAUUUGGUGGUGGUACAACUACUAAUGCUCAACAAAAAUCUUCAAUAUUCGGUCAGCAACAGGCUCAGCCAAGUGUUUUUGCUUCCUCUGGACCCCAACAACAACAAGCAUCAGCUGGAUUAUUUGCACAGCAAAAUCAAUUUGUACAACAACAGCCUCAACAAAAUUCCAAUAUUUUUCGACAGGCCACUCAACCUCAACAAGGUUUAUUUGCUCAAGCUGCACAAACAAUGCAACAACCACAACAGCCUCAGCAGCAACAAGGACUAUUUGCUCAGGCUGCCCAACAAACAUUGGGUCAAAAUCCACAAGCAGGACAAGGUCUAUUUGCACAAGCAGCCCAACAAUCCCAAAAUAUAUUUGGACAAGCCAUGCAGCAGCAACAACAAACGACUAACACAAACAUAUUUCAACAAAAUUCACCCAAUUCAGGACAACAAACAAACUCAAAUAUGUUUCAACAAACCCAACAACAAGCGCCAACUCAACAGCCACCCUCUGGCCUAUUCCAACAAGCCGCACUGCAGACUCAGAAUUCUGCAGCUCAAAGUAACCAAUUAACCAAUGUCAGCCCAACUUUAUACAGUCGUCUAGAAGAUUUGACGGCUGAUGAAAUAGAAGCUUUUAAAGAUAUUUGUUUUCAACCUGGAAAAAUACCAUUUAAUCCACCACCUAGAGAAUUAAUUCAUUAAAAUUAGAAAAUGUAAUAAAACAAAAUGUAUUUUAUAGUCAUCAAUUGUGUAACCUUUUUCAGAGAUUAAGAUCAGAAAUAAACAAUGUAAGAAUAGUUUGGAACAUACAUUUCAAAGUUAACUUUAAAA